CCCUCCUCCCAGUGAGACAGAGACAGAGGCGAGGAGAGAGAGAGAGAGAAGGCGCACGCAGCCACCAUCCCUCCUCCUCCUCCUCCUCCUCCUCCUCCUCCUCUUCCCGCACACGCUCGCACUCCUUCCUUCUGAUGCUGCCUGGAAUCAGACCCGAGGAUUUCCAGCCGCCUCCCGAGCCUGUCCUCCCUCUCCCCCUCUCAUCCCACCUCCAGCACCCGGAGCUUCUCCUCCUCUCCGCCGCUGGUCGCCGUCAGGAUGUGGCACUCGCUGGCUCUGCUCCUCUCCGGAUUCUCUGCCCUGAUCCACGUGUCGUUGCAGGGUCCUCACCAGAGGAACCUGCUGAGGAACCUCCUCAAGGACUACAACCGCAUGGAGCGGCCGGUGGCCAACGACUCCCUCCCCCUCACCGUCUACUUCACGCUGAGUCUGAUACAGAUCAUGGACGUGGAUGAGAAGAACCAGGUGCUGACGUCUAACAUGUGGCUUCGAAUGAGCUGGUUCGACCACUAUCUCCAGUGGAACCAGAGCGAACACCCUGGAGUGAAGAACCUCCGCUUCACCACCGACCAGGUGUGGACCCCGGACGUCCUACUCUACAACAGUGCAGAUGACGACUUCGACUCCACCUUCAAGACCAACGUCCUGGUGAACUCCAGCGGCUACGCGGAGUACCUGCCUCCAGGAAUCUUCAUGAGCACGUGCAACGUGGACGUGCGCUGGUUCCCCUUCGACAUCCAGAAAUGCAAGCUGAAGUUCGGCUCGUGGACGUACGACGGCUGGCUGCUGGACCUUCAGAUGGUGGACGCCGACACCUCCACCUACAUGCCCAACGGCGAGUGGGACCUCAUCGGGGUCCCCGGCACCAGGAACGAGGUGUUCUACGACUGCUGCAAGGAGCCGUACAUCGACGUGACGUUCGUGAUCACCAUACGGCGCCGGACGCUCUACUACGCCCUCAACCUGCUCAUCCCCUGCGUGCUGCUGUCCUCCAUGACCCUGCUCAUCUUCGUCCUGCCGGCCGACUCUGGGGAGAAGAUCUCGCUGGGCAUCACCGUGCUGCUGUCGCUCACUGUUUUCAUGCUGCUGGUGGCAGAGAUCAUGCCGGCCACGUCGGACUCCGUCCCCCUCAUAGGUCAGUACUUCGCCAGCAUAAUGAUCAUCGUUGGGAUGUCCGUCAUUGCCACGGUGGUGGUUCUGCAGUAUCAUCACCACGACCCAAAUGGAGGAAACAUGCCAAAAUGGGUCCGCCUCGUCCUGCUGCAGUGGGUGGCCUGGUUCCUGCGCAUGAAGCGCCCGGGCGAGAGCGACGACCCCGAGCGCCCGCCGUGCGCCCCCCACCUGCGCCGCUGCUCCUCGGGCUCCCAGAGCGGCAGCAUUCCCAACCCGCCCGACGCCGCCCUCCACCCGCUGCACCCGCAGAGCCUCGCUCCCCUGCACGCGGGACACGCCCACCUGCACGCCCAGGCCAGCGCCAACAACAACGGGAACCUCCUCUACAUGGGCUUCCAGAGCAUGGAGGAGCCCUCGGUGCUGUCGGGGGGGAAUAACAUGUCGAUGGGGCCUCCACGAGUGGCAGGGAGCCCGCCUCCACACCUGCCCUCUCAGUUCUGCAGCUCCCCACCACCCCCUACCCCCAACAUGGACACCGUGGGCUGCCCGAGCACCGUCUCCAGCGGCGGGGGCUUUGGAAGUGGACCGGGCGGGCUCAGCGCGGGGAUGGGAGACCCCCAGCUCCAGGCCAUCCUGGAGGAGGUCCGCUACAUGGCCGACCGCUUCCGGGAGCAGGACGAGACCGAAAGCAUGGCCGACCAGUGGAAGUUCGCGGGCGCCGUCAUCGACCGCCUGUGUUUGGUGGCGUUCAGCGUUUUCAACAUCAUUUGCACCAUUUCUAUUCUCAUGUCCGCCCCCAACUUCGUGGAGGCCAUUUCAAAGGACUUUGUUUGAUAGCAAAGAUUAAAAAAAGAGAAGAGGGGCGUGAAGGGACGGAUGAGGGGAAUUUAAUAUAGGAAGAAGGAUGAAGUGGGCCUGGAGCCAAAGAAACACAAUUUCCAGUAGACUGUAGGCCGUGAUUGGUGAUUGCGAAGAACUGGGAAAUAGAAAAACACAAAUGGUUUUCUUUGCAAUACAUUUUGUUAGUGCGUGAAAUACCGGAAGGAAACAGAUGAGGGAGGAAAUACGGAGUGACGUUAAAAUGAGAUUAGUUCCAGCGCGGCGCUUGCUCAGAUUCUUGACAAGGUGAAAAUGGAUCGUAGCUAAUUGAAAAAACUUUUCCGGAGAAAUCAAGAGAAGGAUGAGUCAGACGGGGAAAAGCAAAGAGCUGUCGUUAGUCUAAUGCAACCUCCAGUAAGAAAAGGUCCUGAUCCAAGGACGGCAGCGUUCCAGGGAGAAGGGAAACGAGAUUGACGGAUGGAGACGGAUAAAUAGGACCGUGUUCUUCUCUCAAGGAUGAAAGGCAGCUGCUCACUCCCACGUGUUGAGGAGAGACUGCAUCAUUAAAAGUGAUGUGAGGAGAAGGCGAGGAGACUCUCACAAGGACAGACAACAAAGACGGAAUGAGACUUCAUCCCCUGUGACGACUUGGGCGGAACGAGCAGACUGAUGCCGGGACGUACGACGUAUCAAGAGCGCGGCGAACGGGAAGUCAUCUAUUAUUGAAUCGCAUCCAUCUAAUGACCGUCAAAUUGAAAGACCUCGGAUAAUCUUUACGACUAAUAAGCUUUUAAAGGAUGAAGUCCCCACUCUGCUCGCAAACCCACUUUAAAUUUCAAGGCCUUAUCUCUUUUGAGGCGAUUGCCAAUCUGCAACAAUCAGCAGCGAUCAGAAGCUCGGCGGCGGCCGGUCAGUGAAUGCACCACGUGAGCCCAAACCAAGGCCUGCUCUCCAGGCAGUCAGCUAACGCUAUCUGACACACGCUAACCGGUCUAAUUGGAUGUCAUAUUACUGGAAAUUGGGCGAUCGUGUCCUUAAAAGAACACGAGAGGCCCAAAUGAGGAUUACUGUAAACUUAAAAAACGCCACCUUCCGCCGCAAACCUGAGAGUUCUGCAGCUUCACACGUAAAGAUGAGCGGCUGAUUCCCCGGCGGCGCCCUGGUCCCAUUCAUCGUUCGGACCGUCACAGGGCGGCCGAGGGUCCGAGCAAAGUACAAGCUGUCUUAUGCACAAACCAUUUUGAAUUGACAGGUGUAAUAAAUGUCCUCUCUACUUCUUUUGUACUA